AUGUCCACACGAGGAAAAGACAAGAAACGGCAUCUGGAUGAAGUGAUUGAUGGGGCACUCCUCAUUGCAAAGGUCACCAAGGACGCAAAUGAAAGCCUCCCAGUCCUAAAUCCACUCAAAGCGACAAUGGGGAGCGUGAUCAUUCUCUUGGAGAAUAUGAAGGUAAAUGGCUUGUAUUCACAGUCGCUUUACGAGACACUAAACUCAGAACAGAAAGUGAGAAGGAAUAAGGAGGAUUGGAAGUUCUUAGCAGAAAUCCUCCAGAAGCGAAUGCAAUCCGUCCAGGAAGCUGUAGAUGGCAAGCCAGCAAGUGCGGCCCUCCACGACCUGGUAUCUAAAUACUGCGAUGGCUAUACCAACUGCUAUACCGGCAACACCUGGGACAGCUCUCUUUGUCCAGAUAAUGCUACUUGCGCCAAGAACUGCGCCUUAGAUGGUGCUGACUAUUCUGGCACUUAUGGUAUCACCACCUCUGGUAACGCUCUUACCCUCAAGUUCAAGACCGGUUCGAACAUCGGUUCUCGUGUCUACUUGCUCGCGAGUGACACCGCCUACCAAAUGUUCAAGCUCAAAAACCAAGAGUUCACCUUCGACGUCGAUGUUUCCAAGCUCGGAUGUGGCCUCAACGGCGCUGUUUACUUCUCCGAGAUGGACGCCGACGGUGGCAUGUCAAAAUACUCGACCAACAAGGCCGGUGCCAAGUACGGAACCGGUUAUUGCGAUGCUCAAUGCCCUCAUGACAUCAAGUUCAUCAACGGACAAGCUAAUGUCGAAGGGUGGGAGCCUUCUGCCAACGACAAGAACGCUGGCAAGGGUAAAUACGGCUCUUGCUGCUCUGAAAUGGAUAUCUGGGAAGCCAACAAGAUCGCGGCUGCCUAUACCCCACACGGUUGCACUGUUGCCGGCCCAUACAGGUGUUCUGGAACCGAGUGUGGUGAUGGCGAUAACCGCUAUGGUGGUGUUUGCGACAAGGACGGAUGCGACUUCAACUCGUACCGUAUGGGUGACACUUCCUUCUAUGGUGAAGGCAAGACCGUAGACACCAAAUCCAAGUUCACUAUCGUCACUCAGUUCAUCACCAGCGACGGCACUGCUAACGGAGCUCUCAAAGAAAUCCGUCGUCUCUACGUCCAAAACGGAAAGGUCAUCCAAAACUCCAAGACCAACAUCUCCGGCAUGGAUGCCUUCGAUUCCAUCACCGCCGAAUUCUGUGCUGCUCAAAAGACUGCCUUUGGUGACCGCAAUGACUGGCUCGCCAAGGGUGGAUACACUCCUAUGGACAAGGCUAUGACCAAGGGUAUGGUCUUGGUGUUGUCCAUCUGGGACGACCACGAAGUUAACAUGCUUUGGCUCGACUCUACUUACCCAACCGACUCUACGAAGCCUGGUGCUGCCCGUG